ACAAGUUAUCCAUUUCUCUUCACCUGCGAGUUCCUGAUUAUGUCCCAAUAAGGUAAGAACUCGAAUAUUUCCCCUUUCAGAAAGGUAAAGCGCUCUCUCUCUCUCUCUCUCUCUCUCUUCAUGCUUAUCCAACACUGAAAACUGUUCUUAAUCCGACUCAGAUUCUUUACAUCACCUUACGUGUCUCUAACCCAAGUUACCCAGUUGGUUGUCUAUGUUGUUAUCCUAAGAAUUUCGCUAUUUGUCGAAACGGGUUAGUUCGCAAUCCCUUCACUCUCUGAGAUCACGGAAAAUCUCACAAUUUCAACUUACCCCAUUUGCCAAAGUUGAAAUUUUUUUCUGCAUUUAAAAGGACUUUCAGAAAUUGUAACAACUGGUUUGAAGCUUAAUAACUAUAAGUUUGCUCACUCUGCUCCAACUGUAAUAUCAAUUUAUCAUGCAGAUGGGAUUGGAUGCGUUGAGCCUUUUAUGAUUAGGAGUUUGAUGAUUCGGUUUUGAGGAGUUAAUUUUGUUGGCAACAUUUUGUGUUACAAUAAAUGCAAGUACUUUGAGAAAAACUGGAUAUUGGGUAUCUUGUUUUCCAACUUGAUAAAAUAGUGGGGAGAAAGGAGAUGGCUGUUGCUAGUAAAACCAGAAAUAUGCUUGAAGGUCUGGUAAAAGAAGGAUCAUUUAAUUGGUUGCUUGGUAAGAAGAGCUACUUUGAUGAAGAAUUUGAGGAGAUGGAAAAUUCACCUUCUGCUGGGAGGAAUUGGAUCCCAGAGCUAUCUCCGGUUGCAAACCUAGUUGUACGUAGAUGCUCAAAAAUUCUUAAGAUCUCUUCAAGUGAGCUUCAGGAGAGCUUCAAUCAAGAGGCUUCUGAUUCUAUAAAGCAUCCAUCACGGUAUGCGAGGAACUUAUUGGAAUAUUGCUGUUUCAAGGCACUUUCGUUGACAACACAAAUGACUGGUUAUCUAUUUGAUAAAACGUUCCGGCGCUUGACAUAUGACAUGAUGUUAGCUUGGGAGGUCCCAGCCGCUGCCAGCCAACCUUUAAUUAAUAAGGUCGAUGAGGAUGUAUCUGUUGGUUUAGAAGCUUUCUGUCGAAUAGCUCCUGCAAUUCCUAUCAUUGCCAAUGUCAUCAUUAGUGAAAAUCUUUUUGAGGUGCUGAGUUCAUCAACUGGUGGUCGCCUACAGUUCCCCAUGUAUGACAAGUACCUCAGUAGCCUAGAAAGAGCAAUAAGAAAAAUGAAGAGCAAUUCAGAGUCGUCUCUCCUUUCUGCUGUAAGAUCCUCUAAAGGAGAGAAGAUUCUUGAGGUUGAUGGAACAGUCACCACACAGCCAGUCCUUGAGCAUGUAGGAAUAUCCACCUGGCCUGGAAGGUUAAUCCUGACAGAUCAUGCACUUUAUUUUGAAGCAUUCCGCGUUGUAUCGUAUGACAAACCAAAAAGGUAUGAUUUAUCGGACGAUCUAAAACAAGUUGUUAAACCUGAGUUGACUGGACCAUGGGGUACUCGACUUUUUGACAAGGCAGUCUUCUAUAGCUCAGCAUCCUUAUCAGAACCAGCUGUCCUAGAAUUUCCGGAGCUUAGAGGUCAUGCUCGUCGUGAUUAUUGGCUUGCUGUCAUCCAAGAGAUUCUUUAUGUUCACAAAUUCAUAAACAAGUAUACAAUUAAAGGGAUUGCGCGGGAUGAAGUACUUUGGAAGGCUCUUUUAGGAAUUUUGCGUUUACAAGCCAUUCAAGAUGUUGGUUCUGCAAUCCCCAUACGGAAUGAUGCUCUUCUCAUGUUUAAUUUAUGCGAUCAGCUUCCAGGUGGAGACUUGAUAUUAGAAACCCUUGCAAAUAUGUCAAACUUAAGGGAGUCAGGUUCCGAUAAUGAUUUCAGGGCUAGAAGUGGAAUGUAUUCUAUCUCGGCCUUGGACAUGGUUUCGAACUUAGGAUUUGUGUUUGGAGCAAGUUCAAACAACUCAAAUGAGAGCAGGAUUGCUGUGGGUGAAAUAUCUGUUGGAGAAAUGACUUCAUUGGAGAGAGUGGUUAUAGAAUCUAAGAACAACUAUAAAAAGGUCGUAUCUGCUCAAGCAACAGUUGACGGUGUUAAAGUUGAUGGUAUAGACACUAAUAUGGCUAUCAUGAAGGAGUUACUUUUUCCUCUAAAUGAACUUAGGAAGUCUCUUCAAUCUUUGGCAAAUUGGGAUGAUCCAUGGAAGUCUUCCGGGUUUUGUUUGUUCUUCGGUUACAUCAUCUGCAGGGGUUGGCUUGGGUAUGCAGUGGCACUGGUGCUUAUGUUACUUGCUGCUUUUAUGAUAAUUACCCGAUAUUUUGGCCAAGAUAGUGCUGUUAGUGAAAUUAAAGUAAUAGCCCCUCCACCAAUGAAUACAGUGGAACAGCUUUUGGCUGUUCAGAAUGCUGUUUCUCAAGCUGAACAACUUAUACAAGAUGGUAACGUAAUUCUGCUCAAGCUCCGCGGCUUGUUGCUGUCAAUUCUUCCUCAGGCCACGGAGAAGUUGGCCUUUGGUCUUCUAUCAAUGGCCUUGAUUUUUGCUUUCUUGCCUAGUAAGUACAUAGUUCUGCUAGUCUUCUUGGAGAUUUUUACAAAGUAUUCACCUCCAAGGAAAGCUAGCACAGAGAGAUGGACAAGGAGAAUGAGGGAAUGGUGGUUCAGCAUACCAGCAGCUCCUGUUACACUUGAAACAGAUAAAGAGGAAAAGAAGAGAAAGUGAUGGUGUAAUAUUUUGUGAGAUUAUGUACAUGUUUAUGUUGAAUACUGUUUUCCUCGUGUAUAGAUGUUUGAAGUGUACAAUUCAAUAGUGGAAGCAAAGUA